AUCCUAGUCCCUCUUGUGGAUGAUUCUCUGAAAGAGGAUACCAUAUUAUGUGGGGGUGAUUAAUAUUGGAAGUGCAAUUGCAGAAGACUUGCCUGGAUAAUCACAGAAGGAGAUCCGUGGGGCCAUUUAGUCAUUUAGAUUUGGAAGUAAGAAAAAAAAAAAGGGAAAUCGGUACCAGAGAUCCCAUCUCCCCAGUGCAGGGACAGACUUGGUUCAUUCCGGCUGCAGAAACAGGAGCUGUUCAAUGUAGUGGGAUUUUCUUUGCAAGAAAUACCUGACCUCCUUUUUUUCCAGAGAUCCCCUGCAGAAUCUACCAUGAAAACUAUCUCUGGAUGGCUGAAGUGGGGGGACAGGACAGGGUGCAGCUGCACAUCCAGGAAAAUUUGGGGGGCAUGGUGGGUUUUUGGGCUCCUGGAAGUGCAAAGUUGGAGCAGGUUUGCAUUGAUCAGUUUUGGUCUAUUGGCUGCAUCAGCAACGGGUCAAAACUGCACUUUUACUCUUCAAGAACCAAACGGGACAAUAGAAAGUCCGGGAUUCCCUUAUGGAUAUCCAAAUUAUGCCAACUGCACAUGGACAGUAAUUGCAGAAGCGCAGAACCGAAUACAAAUUGUAUUCCAUUCAUUUGCCUUAGAAGAAGACUUUGAUGUCCUCUCUGUUUAUGAUGGGGAACCUAUACCCGGAAACCUAAGGACAAGGUUAACUGGUUUCCAUCUUCCAUCCCCAAUUGUGAGUAGCAGCAAUCUUCUGACCCUCUGGCUGGUGUCCGACUACGCAGUCAGUGCGCAAGGUUUCCACUCUAGCUACGAAGUUUUACCAAGUCACACAUGUGGGAAUCCUGGCCGUUUGCAGAAUGGUCUGCAGCAGGGAACAACAUUUAAUGUGGGAGACAAGGUCAGGUACAGCUGCAAUGCAGGGUAUAUAUUGGAGGGGCAUGCCCUGCUAACCUGUGUAUCCAACUCCCAAAACAGUGCCUCCUGGGACUUUCCCCUCCCCUCCUGCAGAGCGGAUGAUGCAUGUGGGGGAACAUUAAGAGGCCAAAGUGGAAUCAUCACCAGUCCUUACUUCCCCUCCGAAUAUAAUAACAAUGCAGACUGCACAUGGACAAUUCUAGCGGAGGUUGGCGACACCAUUGCUUUGAUCUUUACAUACUUCCAGUUAGAAGAUGCAUAUGACUAUUUGGAAGUCACUGGAACAGAAGGCUCUUCUCUUUGGUUUACUGGAACUAAUUUACCACCCCCUGUCAUCAGCAGUAAAAACUGGCUCAGGCUUCAUUUUACAUCUGACAGCAAUCACAGGCAAAGAGGCUUCAGUGCGCAGUACCAGGUGAAAAAGCAGAUGGAGAUGAAAUCCAGAGGAGUGAAGCUUCUGCCAAACAAGGACAACAACCAGAAGACAUCAGUGUUAACUCAGGUGGGUGUGUACCAAGGACACCACAUGUGUCCCGACCCAGGAAUUCCGGAACAAGGAAAAAGAAUAGGUUCUGACUUCAGGCUGGGUUCCAGUAUCCAGUUCAUGUGCAAUGAUGGCUACGACCUGCAAGGUUCCAAGAGCAUCACUUGCAUGAAAGUGAGCGACAUGUUUGCGGCUUGGAGUGACCACCGGCCUGUAUGCCGAGCGAGGAUGUGCGAUGCUCAUUUAAGAGGACCUUCUGGGGUCAUCACUUCCCCUAAUUUUCCAGUGCAGUAUGAUAGUAAUGCACAUUGUGUUUGGGUGAUUACAGCACUAAAUCCUUCCAAGGUUAUUAAGCUUACAUUUGAAGAGUUCGAGUUGGAACGAGGCUAUGAUACCCUGACAGUGGGAGAAGGGGGAAAUGUUGGAGACCAAAAAUCUGUACUCUAUGUCUUGACAGGAGCCAGCGUCCCUGACCUUAUAGUCAGCUCCAAUCACCAGAUGUGGCUCCUAUUCAGGACUGAUUCUUCUGGCAGUAACUUGGGGUUCAAGGCUUCUUAUGAAGAAAUCGACCAGGGCAGUUGUGGGGACCCUGGAGUUCCAGCCUUUGGGACAAGAGAGGGUUCAAGAUUCCGUCACGGAGACACCCUGGUAUUCCAUUGCCAGCCUGCCUUUGAGCUGGUGGGACAGUCAUCCAUCACCUGCCAAAAGAACAGCCAGUGGUCUGCCAGAAAACCUGGUUGUGUGUUUUCCUGCUUCUUUAAUUUCACCACUCCGUCUGGUAAUGUCCUUUCCCCAAACUAUCCAGAAGAAUACAGCAAUCACUUGCAUUGUGUGUGGCUCAUCAUUUCCAAGCCAGAGAGCCGGAUCCACUUGGCAUUUAAUGACUUUGAUGUUGAACCUCAGUUUGACUUCCUGGCGGUGAAGGACGGAGGAUCUCCCGAAUCUCCAGUUCUAGGAACCUUUUCUGGAAACCAAGUGCCUCCCUCGCUGACCAGUAGUGGACAUGUGCUGAGGCUUGAGUUUCAAACUGACCACUCCACGGAGAAAAGAGGCUUCAAUAUCACCUUCACCACAUUCCGGCAUAAUGAAUGUCCCGAUCCAGGAGUCCCAGUCAAUGGGAAGAGGUUUGGGGAGAGUCUUCAGCUUGGGAGCUCUGUGUCCUUCUUGUGUGAUGAUGGCUUCAUCCGUACACAUGGAUCGGAGACAAUUACUUGUAUCCUGAAGGAGGGCAAUGUUGUUUGGAACAGUGCAGUGUUGAGAUGUGAAGCACCAUGUGGAGGACAUCUGACAGCACCAAGUGGAAUGAUUCUGUCUCCUGGGUGGCCUGGAUUUUACAAGGAUUCUCUGAACUGUGUGUGGGUAUUGGAAGCCCAGCCUGGCUAUCCCAUAAAGAUAACAUUUGACAGGUUCAAAACUGAGGUGAACUAUGACACUCUAGAAGUACGAGAUGGGAGAUCCUAUUCCUCUCCGCUGAUUGGUGUGUACGAUGGGACCCAAGUUCCCCAAUUCCUGAUUAGCACCAGCAACUUUCUUUACCUACUGUUCACCACUGACAAGAGCCACUCAGAUGUCGGUUUCCAAAUCCGCUAUGAAACUGUUAAGUUGCAGUCUGAUCACUGCUUGGAUCCCGGGAUACCUGUAAAUGGCCAGAGGCAUGGCAAUGACUUCUAUGUGGGGGCUCUUGUGACAUUCAGCUGUGACUCUGGUUACACCUUGAGUGAUGAGCAGGCUCUUGAGUGUGAACCGAACUUCCAGUGGAGUCGAGCACUGCCAAGCUGCGAAGCACUCUGCGGGGGAUAUAUUCAGGGUUCCAGCGGUACAAUCCUAUCACCAGGGUUUCCAGAUUUCUAUCCAAACAACCUCAACUGCACGUGGGUCAUAGAGACCUCACAUGGAAAAGGUGUAUUCUUCACUUUCCAUACAUUCCACCUGGAGAGUGGCCAUGACUUCCUGCUGAUUACAGAAAAUGGCAGCUUUAGCCAGCCUCUGAAACGACUCACUGGGUCCCGCUUGCCUGCUCCCAUCAGUGCCGGGCUGUAUGGAAACUUCACUGCCCAACUCCGGUUUAUCUCAGACUUCUCCAUGUCUUAUGAGGGGUUUAAUGUUACAUUCUCUGAGUAUGACCUGGAGCCCUGUGAUGAGCCAGAAGUACCAGCCUACAGCAUUCGUAAAGGUCUCCAGUUUGGUGUGGGUGAUUCCUUGACCUUCUCCUGCUUUCCUGGGUACCGCCUGGAAGGAGCUUCCCGUAUCACCUGCCUGGGAGGUAGACGGCGUGUGUGGAGUUCGCCUCUCCCAAGGUGUGUUGCUGAAUGUGGGGCAUCUGUCACUGGGACUCAAGGUGUCCUGUUGUCUCCUAAUUACCCAGCCAACUACAGCAACCACCAUGAAUGCAUAUACUCCAUCCAAAGCCAGCCAGGGAAAGGUGUCCAGCUUAGAGCCAGAACGUUUGAUUUACAACCUGGAGACUUUUUAAAGGUGUAUGAUGGGCAUAAUAAUUCUGCACGGCUUCUGGGCACCUUUAGUCAGUCAGAAAUGUUGGGACGGAGUCUGAACAGCACCUCCAGUGCCAUGUGGUUGGAAUUUAUCACCAACUCGGAAAAUACCAGCAAAGGCUUUGAGUUGUUUUAUUCCAGUUUUGAACUGAUCAAAUGUGAAGACCCUGGGACACCACAGUACGGCUACAAAGAAAAGGAUGAGGGACAUUUUGCUGGAAGCUCGGUGACGUUUAGCUGCGACCUUGGCUAUAGCCUACGAGGCAGCCAUGUCUUAGUUUGUCUUACCGGUGAACGUAGAGUCUGGGAUCAGCCAUUACCAGUGUGUGUAGCGGAAUGUGGAGGUUUAAUCCGUAGAGAGAAGUUGGGCAGAAUAUUGUCUCCUGGGUAUCCCAAUCCAUAUGACCACAAUCUCAACUGUAUCUGGAUUAUAGAGGCAGAUGCUGGAUGCACCAUCGGGUUGCAUUUCACGGUUUUCCACACCGAAGAAGUGCAUGAUGUCCUGAAGAUAUGGGAUGGUUCAAUAGAGAGUGGAAUCCUAAUGAAAGAACUGAGUGGCUCUACUUUACCUCCUGAUAUUCACAGCACUUUCAACUCUGUCACACUUCAGUUCAACACAGACUUUUUCACUAGUAAACAAGGGUUCGCUAUACAUUUUUCAGUGACAACAGCAACAUCUUGCAAUGAUCCUGGGACACCACAAAACGGUAGUCGCAGUGGAGAUAGCCGCGAUGCCGGUGAUUCCAUAAUUUUUCAAUGUGAUCCAGGAUACCUUCUGGAAGGAGAACCAAAAAUUAACUGUGUGCAGAUAGCAGACAGAUUCUACUGGAAUCCAAACCCUCCCAUCUGUAUAGCUCCUUGCGGUGGGAAUAUGAGUGGGCCCACAGGGGUCAUCCUGUCUCCGCAGUACCCAGAGCCCUAUCCUCCUCUGAAAGAGUGCGACUGGAGAGUGACUGUAUCUUCAGAUUAUGUCAUCGCUCUGUCCUUUAACAUCUUCAAUAUAGAACCUGGUUAUGAUUUUCUGCAUAUCUAUGAUGGAGCAGACUCGCUUAGUCCACUGAUCGGAAGUUUCUAUGGAUCUCAGCUCCCUGACAGAAUAGAGAGCAGCAGCAACAGCCUCUUCCUUGCUUUCCGUAGUGACGCCUCUGUGAGCAGCGGCGGAUUUGUCAUUGAUUACACAGAAAAUCCUCGGGAGUCCUGUUUUGACCCAGGAGCAAUUAAAAAUGGCACACGAGUCGGGAGUGACCUGAAACUGGGAUCCACCAUUACUUACUACUGUGAAAAUGGCUAUGAGAUUGAGGGGGCAUCCACCUUGACUUGUGUGAUGGGAGAUGAUAGCAAGCCCGUGUGGAAUUUUCCUCGCCCUGUCUGCACAGCUCCUUGUGGAGGACAAUAUGUUAGUCAAGAUGGCGUUAUCUUGUCCCCAAACUACCCUCGUAACUACACUGUGGGACAAAGCUGCUCCUAUUACAUUGUGGUUCCAAAGGAUUAUGUGGUCUUUGGGCAAUUUACGUUCUUCCAGACAGCUCUCAAUGAUGUGGUUGAAGUCCAUGAUGGACCUAAUGAACAAUCUCGUCUGCUUAGCUCUCUUUCUGGAUCUCAUACGGGUGAAUCUCUACCUCUUGCAACUUCCAAUCAGAUUUUAAUUAAGUUCAGUGCCAAGGGGCAGGCGACAGCCAAAGGAUUUCAUUUUGUAUACCAAGCCGUUCCUCGUACAAGUUCCACUCAGUGCAGUUCAAUACCAGAACCCAAAUAUGGUCGCCGUAUUGGGAAUGACUUUUCCGUGGGAGCGAUCGUUCGCUUUGAGUGUAUUCCUGGCUAUGCUUUGUUGGGCUCCAGGAACAUUGAAUGCCAGGCUGUGAUGGGGGCCCUGGCACAGUGGAAUACAUCAGUGCCCACCUGUGUUGUGCCCUGUGGUGGCAAUCUGACAGAACGCAAGGGAACAAUUCUAUCUCCAGGAUUCCCCGAGCCAUACCUGAACAGCCUAAAUUGUGUAUGGAAGAUCACAGUACCUGAAGGAGCAGGAAUUCAGAUUCAAGUCAUCAACUUUGUCACAGAGCAGAACUGGGAUUCGCUGGAAGUCUUUGACGGUGGAGACAAUACUGCUACCAUGUUGGGCAGUUUCUCAGGAACCACGGUGCCAGCGUUACUAAACAGCACUUCAAAUCAACUCUACCUGCAUUUCUUCUCCGAUAUCAGUGUAUCUGCUGCUGGAUUCCACCUGGAGUAUAAGACUGUUGGCCUCUCCAGUUGUCCAGAGCCGGCAGUCCCUAGUAACGGGGUGAAGAGUGGAGAAAGAUACCUGGUGAAUGAUGUGGUUUCGUUUCAGUGUGAGCCAGGUUAUUCCCUACAGGGUCACUCACAUAUCUCCUGUAUGCCUGGCACCGUCAGACGCUGGAAUUACCCUCCUCCACUAUGCAUUGCUCAAUGUGGAGGGGUAUCUGAGGACAUGGAAGGUGUCAUACUGAGUCCUGGAUUCCCAGGAAACUACCCCAGUAAUUUGGACUGCACCUGGAAGAUCUCAUUGCCUGUGGGAUUCGGAGCCCACAUUCAGUUCCUCAGUUUCUCUACUGAAGCAAACCAUGACUUUGUUGAAAUUCGGAAUGGUCCACAUGAAACAAGCAGUGUGAUUGGUCGGUUUAGUGGGGCAGAGAUGCCUGGCUCCCUUCUGUCUGCUUCCCAUGAGACAUCUAUAUAUUUUCACAGUGACCAUUCCCAGAAUAAGCCAGGGUUCAAACUGGAGUACCAAGCCUAUGAACUGCAGGAAUGUCCAGAUCCAGAACCAUUCGACCAUGGUGUGGUCAGAGGAGCUGGCUAUAACGUGGGUCAAUCCAUCUCAUUUGAGUGCUUUCCAGGAUACCACCUGAUAGGACAUGCCAUUCUAACAUGUCAGCAUGGCACAAAUAGGAACUGGGACCAUCCAUUUCCCCGUUGUGAGGUGCCCUGUGGAGGAAACGUCACUGCAUUCAAUGGUUCUGUCUAUUCUCCUGGUUUUCCUAAUCCAUAUCCUAACUCCCAGGACUGCGUCUGGCUCAUAACAGUUCCUCUGGGUUUUGGUAUUCACAUCAAUUUCACCAUCCUGCAAACUGAGGCUCAGAAUGAUCACAUCACUGUCUGGGAUGGACCACGACAGGCAGAUCCACAAUUGGGGGUUUUCACUAGUAACUCCCAAAAAAGAUUUGCUCUGAGCUCCUCCAACCAGAUUCUUCUACACUUCCACAGUGAUGCAGCAAAUGGAGGCAUCUUUGCUCUAUACUUCUAUGGAUACCGUCUCAGGAAAUGUAAACCCCCAAGUACUGUGCCAAAUGGAGAGGUUCUCUCUGGAAGUGAAGAAUUCCUGAUGGGUGACAUUGUGAGGUACAAGUGCCUUCCAGGAUUCACCCUAAUAGGUCCAGAGAUCCUAGUGUGUCGUUUGGGGACAUAUCUUCAGUUUGAGGGCUCUCCACCAUCUUGUGAAGUACAUUGUCCAGCCAAUGAGAUCCUCACAGACUCUACCGGAGUGAUUUUAAGCCAGAGUUUCCCAGGAACAUACCCUCAUUUUCAGACCUGCUCCUGGCUUAUCAAAGUGGAGUCUGGAUACAACGUGACACUGAGUGUGGAGUACUUCCUGAGUGAAAAGCAAUAUGAUGAGUUUGACAUCUUCGAUGGUCCAUCGGGACAGAGUCACCUGCUCAUAUCCCUGAGUGGUAACUAUUCAGCUCCUCUGACAAUAACCAGCUCUGGAAAUAAGGUAUAUCUCCGCUGGACUUCCGAUCAUGUCUACAGCAGGAAAGGAUUUAAGAUCCGUUACUCAGCUUCAUACUGCAGCCUUCCACGGCCUCCACUUCAUGGCUCUGUUCUGGGACCUAUUACCAACCCACCUGGUGGCGUUGUACGAUUUAGCUGUGAUCCUGGUUUUCGACUGAUUGGGUUGAACACUGCAACCUGCUUACGGCGUCCUCAGGGGUACUAUGACUGGAACUCAGAAGUGCCACUGUGUCAGGCCAUGUUUUGUGGGGUUCCUGCUGCACCAAAGAAUGGGGCGGUAUUUGGCAAGGAAUACACUGUGGGUACCAAAGCAAUGUAUGAGUGCAGUGAAGGGCACCACCUAUUAAAUGCUGAGGAUGCUGUUGCCGAUUGUCUUCCCUCUGGACACUGGAGUAAUAGAAAUAACCACCCUCAAUGUGUGGCUGUCACCUGCCCAGACUUCAGCAGCAUGAACACAGAUCACGGCCGCUGGCGUCUCAUCCACAAAUCACAGUAUCAGUAUGGUGCAGAGCUUAUGCUAACCUGUGACCCCGGCUAUUACUACAUGGGAUCCCGUGUCAUUCGUUGCCAGGCCAAUGGAACAUGGACCAUGGGAAACCACCUGCCUACUUGUAACAUUAUCUCCUGUGGAGAAUUACCCACGCCAGCUAAUGGCAACAAAAUUGGCAUGCUUACUCAAUAUGGGGCGACUGCAAUCUUUGCUUGUAACAGUGGGUACACUCUUGUGGGUUCCCGAGUGAGAGAGUGCAUGGCUAAUGGAUUGUGGAGUGGACAGGCAGUCAAGUGCCUGGCUGGACAUUGUGGGACCCCAGAUCCCAUUGUGAAUGGAGUGAUUAAUGGGCAGAACUAUAACUACAGAGACAGUGUGGUUUACCAGUGUAAUGCAGGAUUUAGACUGAUCGGAAUGUCCGUGAGAAUUUGUCAGCAGGAUCAUCUCUGGUCAGGGAAAUCUCCCAUCUGCGUGCCCAUCACCUGUGGCCAUCCAGGUAAUCCUGGUAAUGGGGUGACCCAGGGACACCAGUUCAACCUGAAUGACUUUGUAAAGUUUAUGUGCAGUUCUGGGUAUGUCCUUGAGGGGGCAGCACAGGCUCAGUGCCAACACAAUGGUCAGUGGAGCCACCCCCUGCCAACAUGCCGAAUUCUGAACUGCACAGAUCCUGGUAACAUUGAAAAUGGAGUCAGACGAGUUCUGCAAAGAGGUCCGGACCGGUUUAGUUAUGGAACUUCUGUAUCCUAUGAGUGUGUCCAUGGGUACUACUUAAUGGGGACACACGUUCUCACCUGCCAAGGGGACGGUACUUGGGACAGAGCUCUGCCCAGCUGCCUAUUGGUGUCAUGUGGAGCCCCUGGUGUCCCACCCAAUGCACAGGUCUCUGGCAAACAGCACACAGUGGGCUCAGUUGUACAGUACACCUGCCUGGGGAGACGAAUGAUCAUUGGGAACUCAUCCCGAACUUGCCAAGCUGAUGGGAGAUGGAGUGGCUUUCUUCCUCACUGCUCAGGAGGCAGUGCAGGAGAAUGUGGAGACCCAGGAGCACCAUCUCAUGGACUUCGUCAGGGUGAGGAGUUUACAUCUGGUAGUGUAGUGCAGUUUAGCUGCGAUGCUGGUUACAACCUGAGAGGUUCUGCGGAGAGGACCUGCUUGCUCAAUGGAUCAUGGAGUGGAUUCCAGCCAGAGUGUGAAGUGGUCUCCUGUGGGAACCCAGGGACUCCCAGUAACUCUCGUGUUGUAUUCAAUGAUGGCCUAGUAUUCUCCAGCUCCAUUAUCUAUGAGUGCCGGGAAGGAUACUAUUCCACUGGACCAUUGAGUCGUCACUGCACUGUUAACGGCACAUGGACAGGCAGUGCUCCAGAGUGCAGUGUUAUCAAUUGUGGGGACCCUGGUAUACCAGCGAAUGGUAUCCGACUGGACAAUGAUUUCCAGUACAACCGCACUGUAUCCUUUCAGUGUUUGCCUGGUUAUAUGAUGGAGUCUGACCGGGCACCCACUUUGCUGUGCACCAAAGAUCGCACCUGGAAUGGCACCAAACCAACUUGCAAAGCUAUUACGUGUCCUUCACCUCCAUCCAUCCCCAAUGGGCAGGCAUUAGGCUCUGUCUAUACUUGGGGUUCUAGCCUAACAUACACCUGCACAGAUGGAUACCAGCUCUCUCUACCAGCCCUUCUUACCUGUGAGAGCAACAGAAGCUGGGUUGGAGAGGUUCCUCAGUGCUUCCCUGUGUUCUGUGGUGAUCCAGGGAUACCAGCUCAUGCCCGCAGGGUAGACAGAGGCUUCAGCUUCCGUUCAUCUAUCUCCUUCUCCUGUCCCCCACCUUUGUUGCUGGUGGGGUCAAGCCGACGGUUCUGCAAUUUUGAUGGCACUUGGAGUGGUACUCAGCCCAAUUGCAUUGAUCCAUCCCACACCACAUGCACUGAUCCUGGGAUCCCUACAUUUGGAAUGCAGAACAACUCCCAGGGCUUCCAGGUUGGAAGCACAGUUCUAUUCAAGUGUCAGAAGGGUUACCUGUUACAGGGUUCCACCACACGAACCUGUCUACCAAAUUUGACCUGGAGUGGUGUGCAGCCAGAAUGCAUUCCUCAUAACUGCCGCCAACCAGAGACCCCAGCCCAUGCCAAUGUGGGGGCACUAGACUUGCCAUCUCUUGGCUAUACUCUAAUCUAUACUUGUCAGACCGGUUACUACUUGACAGGAGGCUCUGAGCAUCGUACCUGCAGAGUGGAUGGGACUUGGACAGGGAAACCUCCUGUGUGCCUAGCUGACGUCAGGCCCAGCGGUAGGCCAAUUUACACGGUUAAGGAGACACCCAUUCAAAAGAUAACAGUCCCCACAGAUGUCUUUGCUAAGGACUCCCUAUGGAAAGGAUCCUAUGAAUAUCAGGGUAGAAAACAACCUGCCAUGCUUACUGUCACGAGCUUUGAAGUUGCAAGCAGCAAAGUCAAUGCCACCAUGAUUGAUCAUAGCGGAGUUGAGCUGCAAGUGUCAGGGGUUUACAAGAAAGAAGAAUUUCACCUUCUCUUGCAAGCAUAUCAAGUUCGGGGGCCAGCAGAUAUCAUCAUGGACAAGUUCAAAAUAGACAGCUGGGCUCUAGAUGGUCAUGUGUCUUCUGAGUCUGCUGGUGGAACAUAUGUCUACCAAGGAUUUGUUCGUGGCAAAGGAUUUGGUCAGUUUGGACUCCAGAGACUAGAUGGGAGGCUACUGGUGAAUGGCACAGACACAUUAGGACAUUUCCCAUCCAACAGUAGCUCGGUAGCAGCUGCUAUCCUGGUGCCUUUCAUAGCUUUAAUAAUUGCUGGUUUUGUCCUUUAUCUUUACAAACAUAGAAGAAGACCAAAGGUGCCGUUUAAUGGUUUUGCUGGGCAUGAAAAUACAAAUGGUCGGGCCACAUUUGAAAACCCAAUGUAUGAACGGAAUGUACAGCCCACGGAAAUCGUGGCUAAUGAGACAGAAUUCACAGUUAGCACAGUUUGCACAGCUGUAUAGCACCUGCCCUUUACCAGUGAAUUGGGUUUACUUUGACUCUCUGUCCUGCCCCAUCUCUGUUGACCUGCACAUCAUCAGCGGGCAACUGGCAUUGUCAGUACCCCUUGUAGCCACCCCAUUACUCCAGGCCAUCCAAAGCGUGCCAGGCUGGUGGGUUCAGGAAAAUCCAGGAGAAGACCCCAUGUGUCUGGAGCAUAAAAAAGGAGUGGAUUUCCCCUACCAACUGCACUGGUCUAUCAGAAUCUGACAGCCUUGGCAACUGGGCGUCUCCACACAAGUGGCAUAGCUGCCACCUCAAAAGGACCUCAUCCUCCAGGGACACCGUGCAAGUGCUUUUAUACUAAACUUGUAUACAUGCAAAGUCGGUUGGAAGUGGAUAUAAACAAACAUAUAUACAUAUAUAUAUAUAUAAAUAUACAUAUUUUUAUUCUGCAAAGAACCAGUUCCAAAAAGUGCUUUUCCUCCAUGCUUCUCCGCCUGAUCCCUGCCGCACACAACAGACUGUGUCGCGUUGGCGUGAAGGGGGAGCGCAGCCUUACACCCUAAACCCUAGGUUGGUGUGCAAAUUGUCAACCAGCCAAAACUUGAAGGAGAGUUGUCCUAUGAUUCUGUCCCUUUAGCACUAACACUGACCAUUCUGCCCACUGCACACAGGUCAAGAGGACCGACAACUCAAGCCGCCUGCUACAGCAGAUUAAGCUUGAUGUCUAUAAAGCUUAUCAUUGCAUAUUUCAGGAAAGAUUUAAUCACUUUAAUGUCCAGAACUAUGUCUACAUGUUACAUGGAUAGGUUGUGGUGAGCAAUGCAUUGCAGGUUCGUUAGGGGCAAAAUCUCAGUAUAUUUAAACCUGUUUACAUUUCCAAAAUAACCAGUCCAGAUGACAACUGCAAUUUUUAAAUAUAUAACCUGAUUUGGAAGGCAAAUAAUACAUAUCACUAACAAAAUGUGUAUACAACACUUUCCAUCAUCUAAAUUCUUUAUUUGAA